AUGGGAGCCGCCAUGUUUGGAUACGAUUCAGCCUUCAUCGGCGGCGCAUUGACGCUACCCUCCUUCCAAAAGCGCUUUGGCCUGGAAUCUGCCCAUGGGACCAAACUUGCCAACCUGAAAGCCAACAUUGUCAGCACUUUCCAGGCUGGAGCCUUCUUCGGCGCCAUCUUGGUGUAUCCCGUAACGGAGAAAUUUGGCCGACGACUAACGCUGCUCUUGUGCGGACUUUUGUUCAAUUUGGGGGCCAUUGCGCAGCUAGCCUCUAGCGGUCACGUCGGUGCGAUCUAUGCCGGACGCGUCCUUACAGGACUCGCUGUCGGUGCAUCCUCCUUGAUCAUCCCGGUUUACAUCUCCGAGUCCUCACCUCCUGCUAUCAGAGGCCGCCUAGUCGGCCUCUUCGAGUGCUUCCUCCAAGUUUCUCAAGUCAUUGGUUUCUGGAUGAACUACGGAGUCAGCCUUCACGUUCCGAAGACCCUCGACAAGCAAUGGCAGAUCCCGUUCAGCUUCCAAGUCGUCCCCGCUAGCCUUCUUGUCAUCCUGAUGUUUUUCCAACCCGAGUCCCCUCGCUGGCUCGUCAAAGCAGGCAAAGCGGAUCAAGCUCGACGAAACCUAUCGAGACUGAGACAACUCCCGUUGGACCAUGAAUAUAUUUCCUGGGAAAUUAAUACCGCACAGCGUCAGAUCGAGGCCGAGAACAGCUUGGGAGCCAAUCGAUCCGUUUGGGCCAAGGUCCAGCAGGCCUUCACCCUCCCGGGGAACCGACAACGUCUGCUUAUCGGCAUGGCCUUGAUGCUGCUCCAGAACAUGUCCGGCAUCAAUGCACUGAACUACUACUCGCCGGCUAUCUUCGCGGCCAUCGGUUUCAGCGGAACCGACGUCUCGCUGCUCGCCACAGGCGUCUUCGGCCUCGUCAAAGCAACCACGACCCUGAUCCUCAUGCUUUUUCUCAUCGACCGCCUGGGACGACGCCGAGCGAUGCUGAUUGGGUCGUGUGGAGGCAUCGUCGCCAUGUACUAUCUGGGCGGCUACACCGCCCAGUCACAUUCGUUUACAUCCGAGCAUGUGCCGAAGGAUGGCGGUGCUUACAUUGCGAUCCUCAUGGUCUAUCUCUUUGCCUUCUUUUACGCGCUGUCGUGGAACGGCGUGCCUUGGGUCUUCUGCUCCGAAGUCUUCCCCACCGCCAUCCGCUCCGUCUGCCUAGUCUUCACCACAUGCUCCCAGUGGCUCGCCCAGUUCAUCAUCGUCUACUCGACCCCUUACAUGAUGACCAACAUCACCUACGGCACCUUUCUGCUCUUCGGCACCUCCCUCGUCGUCGGCAUCGUCUUCAUCUACCUCUUCUUCCCGGAAACCAAGGGCCUGUUGCUGGAGGAAAUGGACAUUCUUUUCAGUCAAAGGGGCCCCGCUACCGCCAAGAGACGAGAGACCGAUCGCAUCAUCCAGGACAGACGCAACGAUGGACAUGCGCAGGCCGUGGUCGCGGAAAAGCGGGAUGAGAAAACUGAUCCAAUGAUUCAUGUUGAAGCGGUGUGA